GUCUCCAGACCACAUAACGACACCACGCUUCCUCGUCUACACGUUUGUUGUGUCCUCAUCUUUAUCUGUCACAAGUCCACGUUGUCAAUGAAUAUUCGCGAUCAGGUGAAAAACAAGAGGGGUAUGCGGAUGUUAUCAAACUAUUCCACAAUAUAAAAAGACAAGGUUUUCAUCAUCGGACUCCCCACAAAAACCAAUACCCACUCCCGCAAACUUCGACAGCGCUCUUCCUUCCUUUAAGCUAUGGCAGCACCAUCAAACGAAGUACUUUCGUGGACCAGCCAGGAUCCGCGAGAGAGCCAACUCUUUAACGCCUGGGGUGUUGUUUAUCGUUUUGCGACUGUAGUGGCCCCUAGUGGGCAGAGUACUACUACCCUCUGGCGAGCGGUACGGGCUAACAAGGAAGACCGCGUCGCAAAAUUGGAAUGGGCAUCGAAUGGCGGCCUCGGCCGCGCAGUGAUCGGUAAGAAUACAGUACCGAUGGCCGACUUGGUUCGCCCGGAUCCACGCUUCCCGGGCGCACGCAUAUUCAACGCACCCGAUGGUCUAACAUACCGCUGGCGGCAAACCCCCGGUUCUGCUGAUGUCGUACUGGAAGAUUCCGCUGGAAAUAUCGUUGCAGUCUUCCGCCCCACACGACCAACACGGUAUCAAAUUGGGGAUGUUUAUGGUGAGCUCCACUUUCUGCGAAACGCUGGGGCAGCUACCAUCAUGCAUCCCCCAAUCAUGGACACGGUCACGGUGACUGCCAUGCUAUACCGAUUUUGUCAGGCAUUUGGUCUUUGAUGUCAUUUUUAACGCAUGUUAGCAAUCUUAUUCACACUGUAAAUUGGCCCAUAUUCCCUUUGUACGUAUCAUUGUUGAACUCUUCCACACAUGUAAUGCUAUACAUUUCAUACGAGAGAAAAUUUCCUUCC